CGUCGUCUCUUUGAUUCCGAUCUCAGUUUUGGUGACCGUCGGCGUGCGAUGGCGUCACGCCUACUGAGCCGAUCGAAAACCCUAACCCUCUCACGCCUCCUCCUCCUGCACCCUUCCGCACCGGGCAAUCCCGUCACCUCCGCCCACGGCCUCCGAGCCUUCGGUUCCCUCGCCGCACACCCGCCCCCUGAUCCCAGAUCCGCAGCGAUCGCGCCACCCUACAGGCCCGAUCGCCCCUCUGCCGCUGCUCUCGGUCUCUCCCGUGCCCCUGUCUUCGGCCAACUUGGCUUUGGAAAGAACAUGUCUCAUAUGGCUGGUGGAGUUGAAGAUCCUAAUUGCCUGAAAGGAAAGGAGAUUGACUCUUCAAAGGUAAUGGCUUUCAGCCCACUGGAGGGGACCCUUACCAGGGAACGGAAAAGUGGAUUGACGAAUGAAAGCUUAAAGGUAAAGAGGAUGGAGCUUUCUAUAAAGACUACAUAUGCACUUAUACCAGCAUUGCUACUCAUAUCAAAAUCGACGUUGACGACUUCAGCACUUGUUCUGUGCGUAUACUGGCAAAUCUAUGGGUUUUUCAAGGAGAUCUUUCUGGACUAUGUUCAUCAUGACGUGACGAGGAAAUGGGUCUUGAUAUAUUUCAAGCUGCUGCUAUUUAUCUUGGCCAAGGACACUAUACUAGCUUUCGAUCUAGUGUAAUAAUGCCUUGUGUCUCAGCAGCACUCUGUAGACCUCUAGAUAAGGAAGUUGGCCAAUGGCCAACCUACAGUUGCUGUUUUAUUCAGACUUUUCCCUUUCCUUUCAUGCUAAAAUGGCAUCCCCGGGAUCGAUGGCAUGCUGGUUUUGAAGUUUGUAUCAGAAUAAUGAAUAGUGGGCAUUGUAAUCAGACCCAGUUGGAUCUAUUUUUAUCACUUGUUUUCAAUCGUAAUCGAUGUCAUAAGGUGAAUUUUUUAGACUA